AAAGAGGCAGUGGGCAACAGAGAACUUUGUCCUACUCAGAGAAUCCCUGCCCCCUACCCCCAACCCCCUGCCAGAAUGUUGGGUUUCAAAGAAUGAGCAUGUUAACGGAUAUCAGGAGUAGUAUGGCCUGGACUAAGGAUACUGAAUCUCUAGAGAUCGUCUACGUGUAAUCUCUCUCCAGGGUAAGAGGAACUUACCAAGGAACAUUAAAGUUGCUGUUGGGAGGAAGUUAUAUACGAAAACUAAAGGACAGAGAAGAAAGAGUAGAAAGAGACACAGCCUGAAGUCUCUAAGACUUAAAAAGCUGGAUAAUAACUACCCAUAAGGGAGCCAGCAUAGAUCUGAGAAAUAACUGAGCCUCCAAGGGUCUGUGUGCCAGGAAAGCUGCUGGUGAUCGGCACAGGUCCUGCAUCAUCAACUGAUUCACUUCGGCCAUGUCAGUGGUAGCAUCAUUGAAAGACUGUGCCUCUAUUCUGCCUUCUCUACAGAAAAACCAAGUGGCCUUGGAAGAGGCAUGGGCUCUACAGAAGUGGAACUUGAGGCUGGGACUAGUGCCAGUAAGUUCGUGUGUCCGGUUAGAGAUUUUGAUGCUGUUGAUGAUUUUUCUGCCAAGCAUGUAUUUUCACCUGGGAUCAGUAUAUUAUUCUUCCUAUGAAAUUACUAUUCUCAAGAGGCUAACAAUCCAGGAAAGAGAUAACCCAGUGGGGAAAGCAUCUUACGUACUAGUUAUGCAAGGCCAGAAGCACCUGGUUCACCUGAAGGUGAAGAGAGAUUAUUUCAUGAACAGUUUUCCAGUCUACAGUUACCACAACGGCAUCCCGGGGCAAGAAGUGCCUUUCAUUUCACACGACUGUCACUAUGAAGGCUACAUCGAAGGAGUGCCAGGUUCUUUUGUUUCUGUCAAUACCUGUUCAGGGCUCAGGGGUAUCCUGAUUAAGGAGGAAAAAUCUUACGGCAUUGAGCCUGUGGAAUCUUCAAAGCAAUUUGAACACGUACUGUACACCAUGGCGCAUCAAGUGCAUGUCUCCUGUAGUGUGACUUCCAAAGACAGCCAAGUGGUGUCUACUAGCUGGCAACAAGGGAGCAGGAAGCCUCAGAAUCUACAGGCGCUGUCCUACUUGUGGUCACACACCAAGUAUGUGGAGAUGUUUGUUGUUGUCAACAACCAGCGGUUCCAGAUGUGGGGCGGUGACAUCAAUGAGACAGUCCAGAGAGUAGUGGACAUCGUUGCUCUGGCCAACAUCUUCACUAGGGGAAUAAACACAGAGGUGGUGCUGGCUGGAAUGGAGAUCUGGACCGAGGAGGAUCUAGUAGAAGUCCCAGAGGACUUGGAGGUUACGCUCAGGAAUUUCAAUAGCUGGAGAAGAGAGAAGCUCGUCCAUCGUGUGAAGCAUGAUGUCGCCCACAUGAUCGUUGGGCAUCAUCCCAAAGGGAGUAUGGGUCAGGCGUUUCCCAGUGGUGCCUGUUCGAGGGGGUUUGCCGCUGCCGUUGAAUCCUUCCACCAUGAAGAUGUCCUCCUGUUUGCAGCGCUCAUGGUCCAUGAGCUCGGGCACAACCUGGGCAUUCAGCAUGACCAUUCAGCCUGCAUUUGUAAAGAUAAGCACUUUUGUCUCAUGAGUGAAAGUAUCACUAAACAUGGUGGCUUCAGCAACUGCAGCUCUGAUUAUUUCUACCACUUCCUUCAUGAACAGAAAGGGACCUGCCUGUUUAACAAACCGUGGCACAAAGGCCGCAAGCAUAGGGAUUCUCGCUGUGGAAAUGGUGUGGUAGAAGAUCUAGAGGAGUGUGACUGUGGUUCUGCUUGUGACGGUCACCCAUGCUGUGACCCAAUAUGUCAACUAAAGGAACAUGCAGAGUGUAGUGAUGGACUCUGCUGCCAUGCCUGUACUUUCAGAAGGAUUGGGUUUUUAUGCCGUCCGACUCAGGAUGAGUGUGACCUUCCAGAAUACUGUAAUGGUAGUUCUGCAGAAUGCCCAGCAGACAGCUACAAGCAAGAUGGCACAUUGUGUGACAGAAUUCACUAUUGCUCUAAGGGUAAGUGUAAGAACCCUGAUAAGCAGUGCAUGGAGAUUUAUGGGAACGCUGCAAGAUCUGCCCCAGAAGCCUGUUACAUUUCAAUGAAUACCAAAGGGGACCGGUUUGGAAACUGUGGCCGUCCCACUGCAGCUCAGCAAAGAUAUGCUACAUGUUUAGGUGAUAAUAUAUUUUGUGGGAAACUCGUAUGUACAGGUGUUAGACACUUACCACAAAUCAACACUCAGCAUGCACUGAUGCAGGUCCCUCACAAAGAUGACUGGUGCUGGAGUAUGGAUGCUUUUAAUGGUACUGAUAUCCCUGAUGAUGGAGAUGUGCAGAGAGGCACUUCUUGUGCCCCAAACAAAGUGUGCAUCAAUUAUUCCUGCACUCACCACUCCAUACUCCAGUAUGAUUGUAAACCAGAGGAAAUGUGUCAUGGAAAUGGGGUUUGCAACAAUUUAAGGCACUGCCACUGUGUGUUUGGUUUUGCACCCCCAGACUGUAAAAAUCCAGGAAGGGGUGGUAGUGUGGACAGUGGUCCCCCUAUUAAACCAGGUAAUGAAAUUCCAAGUGUAGAUGAAAGUAGAAGUCAUAGUGUUGGCCAAGGUAAUGCCCACCAAGGUGAUGACAGCAGUGAUGAACACCAAACCCUUGAUCAGAUGGUGUACAUAUUCCCCCUGUUUGUUUCAGCAUUAUUUUUAGGUCUAAUUGUUGGGCAUUUCAGGCCUAGAAAGGGGGUAUCACAGUGCUCACAAGAUUAUCUAGAAGAAAUCUCAGAAGAGGUUGCACCAAAAGAGGAUGUAGGCAAAGUACAGGAAGAACCAGAGACAGAAAAGGAGUAGUGGAAGGAAGAAGUCCAAUACAGCUAACAUCUGAUACACCAGGUUAGAAUAAGGCUCAAUGCAGCAAAGGUGAA